GAGACUCAACACACAAAAGUGAGGAGAAUCUUCUACUUCAAUUUUCCACAAGGUUUUUUUUUUUUACGUUUAGUUUUGUUUACUUUAAUUUGUAUACAAAGUAGGCCAACUUAAUUCAGGUGCCAAUGGAAGAAAAUAAUGGACAUGAUCUGUUCCAUGAAGCUUCAAAGGCUAAGUACGAUUGUCUUUUGUUUGAUCUUGAUGACACCCUUUAUCCUUUUAGUUCUGGUAUGACAGUCCAGAUCGGAGAAAAAGUUAUAGAGUAUGUGGUACAAAAGAUUGGUAUAGAAGAUGUGGCUAAGGUCCGUGAAUUGUGCCUUGCGUUAUAUAAGACUUAUGGAACAGUAUUGGCUGGUUUCAAGGCAUUUGGACAUGAUUUUGACAAUGAAGAGUUUAAUAGUUUUGUACAUGAGGCAUUGCCAUAUGAUGAUGUACUGAAACCAGACCCUAUUCUAAAGGACAUUUUACAAAACCUGCCUCUCAGAAAGAUUAUUUUUACAAAUGCAGAUAAUGCUCAUGCCGUUAGAGUGCUUAAAAGGCUUGGACUAGAGGACUGCUUUGAGAGAAUCAUAGACUUUGACACUUUGAAUUCCUCUAAUAAUAACAUAAUGGAUCCUGCUCAUGAUUACCAACAUGGCAUUGAUGGUGAAUCAAAGCCAGUUAGUGCAAGAAUAUGUGAGAUUUAUGAGUAUAUGAAAAACCCUCCUGAUUCUUCUUAUAUAGACAUGGUGCUUCCUAGGACCCCGGUUGUCUGCAAGCCCUUUGAAUAUGCAUUUCAAAAGCUUUUCAAGAUUGCUAAUAUUGACCCUCAAAGAACAGUGGGUACUUGCAUUGAAACUGCAGGAGUAGAUCAUUCAUUGAAGAGCAUCCAUGAUAUCAGGAACGCAUUUCCAGAGCUCUGGGAACAACGCCCAUGA